GACUGUACCUGAAUUGAAGCGCUGUGCAUGUAAAGGCUGUUGGUGCAUCGUGGCCUGGGCGUAGCGCCGAGUGAUGAGGUUGGUUCAUAUUUGCAGCACAAGGGAACGCGGAGUAUGUAAGUAUGACUGGCAGAAAAAAGCUCAGAAAGGAAUGGAAAAGACAGAUAAAGCUUCAUCUAAGUGUAAACAGGCCUCAAGUUCAAGUUCAAGAUACACCCUAGCAGAGACUGACCUGGAACAGAUAGACGAAAGAAUGGAUCUCUAGGAAAAUACUGACCACAGUGAUUUGGUUUGCAGAAGACUUUCAGGAUGGCCAAGGAAAACCACCGUGCCUUGCCCUACACUCCUACUACAGAAGAAAAUGGUGAAAGCAAUGUCUUAAAUGGAGAAGCACAACAAACCAAUGAAACAAUGCAACUAAAGAAGGAGAUAUCUCUUUUUAAUGGGGUCAGCCUCAUUGUGGGAAACAUGAUUGGCUCAGGGAUUUUUGUUUCUCCCAAAGGUGUGCUGAUAUACAGUGCCUCAUACGGACUGUCCUUGGUAAUCUGGGUAAUUGGGGGUAUAUUUUCAGUAAUUGGUGCUCUGUGCUAUGCAGAACUAGGAACCACUAUCACCAAGUCAGGGGCUAGCUAUGCAUACAUCCUGGAGUCGUUUGGGGGAUUUAUUGCAUUCAUUCGUCUCUGGACAUCACUUCUCAUCAUUGAGCCUACUAGCCAGGCAGUAAUUGCAAUAACCUUUGCUAACUACCUUGUGCAGCCCUUGUUCCCCACCUGUCAACCUCCCUACACUGCAUCCAGAUUGAUUGCGGCUGCUUGUAUCUGUUUGCUAACCUUUAUCAACUCUGCAUAUGUUAAGUGGGGCACAAGAGUUCAGGAUAUGUUUACCUAUGCUAAGGUCAUUGCCCUUAUUGUUAUCAUCAUAACCGGACUUGUAAAGCUAUGCCAAGGACAGACUAAAAAUUUGGAGUCUACAUUUGAAGGCUCUUCCACAAACCCAGGAGACAUUGCUCUGGCUCUCUACUCUGCACUUUUCUCCUAUGCAGGCUGGGACACUCUGAACUUUGUUACUGAAGAGAUCAAGAAUCCAGAAAGAAAUUUGCCUCUGGCAAUUGCAAUUUCUAUGCCAGUGGUAACCAUCAUAUAUAUCCUGACAAAUGUGGCCUAUUAUGUGGUUCUGGACUUCAGCUCCAUUAUUGAUAGUGAUGCUGUGGCAGUGACAUUUGCUGAUCAGACACUGGGUGUAAUGAGGUGGAGCAUUCCCAUUGCUGUUGCCUUGUCUUGCUAUGGUGGAUUGAAUUCAUCAAUCAUUGCUGCUUCUAGGCUGUUUUUCGUGGGAUCACGUGAAGGCCACCUUCCAGAUGCACUAUCUAUGAUACAUGUCAACAGAUUCACCCCCAUUCCUGCACUGCUAUUUAAUUGUGCCAUGGCUCUGAUGUAUCUUUCAGUGGAGGAUGUCUUUCAGUUAAUCAAUUACUACAGCUUUAGCUACUGGUUUUUUGUGGGUCUGUCAAUUGCAGGACAGAUCUAUCUUCGUUUUAAAGAACCAGACCGACCCCGGCCUGUCAAGCUUAGCCUCUUCUUUCCCAUUACCUUCUGCCUCUGCACCGUGUUUUUGAUUGCUGUACCAUUAUACAGUGACACUAUAAACUCCCUAAUUGGAAUUGGAAUAGCAUUGUCAGGAGUACCUGUCUACUUGCUGGGAAUUCACCUCCCUGAGUCUAGACGUCCUCCAAUCAUUGGCAGAAUGCUCCGUGCCUUAACACGGAUCACUCAGCUUACAUGUUUCUGUGUGCUCACGGACAUAGACUUCACUGAAUAAGCUACUGAAAAUACCCACUUGUAAUUGGAAUGGAGUGUAUGGGGAAAAGCAAACAAUGAUUCACAAAUGGCAGGAUGUGAAUUAUGAGGAGACUUUGUUUGAAAAAUGGUAUUAGAAUGGUUAAUGCAAAGUACUUGUGCAAUUAGGUGAUAAUCUUGUCCUAAAUACUGUUAAAAAAUCUGCCAAUGGGUCAGCACUGAAAAGCUUUACAGGUAAAUGUUGUGCCUGUUUUCAAUAGCUGCCGAUACCUUGAAUGUUUCCAUUGAAAUAUGACUAAAAUUGAUAAAUGCAUAUACAAUGUAUAUCUAAAAUGAACAAACUAAAUACCUUUGGUGCAGAAUGUCAUCUGUUAAAAAAAAGCUGGUUAUGGGAAUUUCAUCCAGAUAAAUCAAGAUACUGUUUUCUAAACUUACUUGGUUAAAAAAUUACAAGCCCUGUUACUGUAGCCUUUUUUUUAAUCAAUCCUUUGAAAAGAACUAUCAAUGAACUAAACCAAAGCCAUAAUAAUCAACACAAGCUUAGAGGAUAUGAUCAAGAAGAGCUAGGCAUAAAGGUUAAACAGGAGUGAGAAACUGAACUCUGAAAUAUUAACUCUAAAUGAACAAGUUAAUGUGGUAGUUUUUUGGACAUUUUAGGAUGACAUUCUUGAAAAGCAAAGGUAUAAAAGUGAUCAAAUGCAAAUAAGCUUUAAGUGAAAGUUGUUGUUUAAGAAAUUCAUAUGCAACCUUUAUGCAUUUUCAUACUGCAGACAAAAAAUGGAGACUUUUAUAUAUGGCAUAUUGAUCUGUCUUUUAAGGUUCUCCUUAUUUUAUGUCACUUAAACACUCAAAUAUCUUUGCUCUCUGGUAGGAACAGGAAAACUGCCUCCUUAGUCUUGCUGGUUGAAAUUUAAUGUGUUUUUUUUUUUUUUGGUCUAUUUAAAAAAAGUUCAUUUACAAGCAAAUAUGUUUAUAUUUGCUUUUUUUCCUUUUUUCAAAACCGUUCACAAUUAUGGAAAGUGUUUAAUGUGUUUGUUACAAUAGAACUGAGUAUGUCUAAAUAUGCAAUAGCACCUAGCUCAAAAUUUACUGUAAUACUACUGAGAUACUGUGAUAGUUUAAAUUGCUAAGAAUUGGAUUUUACAUAAACUUCUGUAAAAUUCCUUUUUUAUUUUUCAAAGGCUUAUCUGUUUUGGGUUUCAAUUAGUUGCAAUUUAUAGAAAGUUUCUAAGAGAAUUUAUCUCUCAACAGAUGGUCAUGUGGUAAUCUCUACAUUAUAGGAUUUUUUAUUAUUUCUAUUAUAGAAUUAAAGCCCAUAAAGUACACCUAAUCAACAAUGGCUGUAUUUUAAUCAGGUUUGUGUAAUAUCUUAAAAAUAAAUUCUAAAAAAAAUUUUUUCUUAACUUCUGGGUGCUUAUUAAAAUAACUAAAUACAUCGGGGCAUUUGCGGAUCCCAAAUAAUAGCAUUAUUUCAUACCCAAUGCCUGGUUAGCUAUUCUUAAUUGAGUGAGUUGAUUCUUUAGGGCACUGAUAUUCACAAGACUUCACCUUUGGAUAUUUGAACCUUGAGGCCAGUGACACUUCAGGAUCAAAGUUGCUUUAGGUAGAUAAAGAAGAAAAUGUUUGUUAAAUGUUGAUUUUGUAAAACAACAUGCAUAAAGCAUAUUCUUGCUAGUAUGUACAGUUGGUUUACUAAUAAUUUUACUUUUUGUUUGCAAAUUUAGACUAAUUUUGGUUUGUUCCUCACGUACAGAACUAUGCUAAAUGACCAACUGAAAGUGUACAUUGAAUGCUGCUGCAUUUGUGUGGUCACUGAUUAGGCAUUGACCAUCAUUCAUUUGUUUGCCUUGGGGAUGACUUUAGAAAUGGAAAAUAAGCUGUUAGUGUGAUAGCAAAGGCCAACCUGUUAAACUUACAGAGGUUUGAUUUAGCUUUUGAUUUUGCUAGUAAUACCAAAUAUCAAUUUUGCUGUAUUUAUUAUUAUUCAGAGGUUGAUAUUUAUGCUAUCAUACUUGAGCCUUGUCAGGAGAUUACGAGUUCAUGCUGCACAUGCCUUAUGUAAAUAAAUGUGCAGUCAAAAUCUUAAAUUGGCAUUAAAUGUUGAAACCUCUUUAUGUACUUACAGUGUUUUGAGUUUUGGAGUUGAGGGUUGUAGAAUUGGGAAACCCUUGCAACUCAGGGCCCUGCGCAGUGCAAUGAAUGUUUUAUCUUUGGACUUAAACCAGAGAAUGUCUGAGAUUGGCACAAAAAUUUAAAGAGAAAAAAAAAAUACCCUAAGUAAAGAGGAAUAGUUCCUCAUGAAUUUUUAAGGUAAUAAAAAAGACAGAUGUCAAAAUAGAAAAAAAGGACAUGGGUACAGACCAUUAAAUGUGGACAUGUUACUGGAUAUUUUUAAUUAAACUAUCAACUAAAACACUUAUUUUAUAAGUGGAUUACUCACUGACAAGAGUUUCCUCAUGGGACAUCACCAACAUGGUGCAGUGUAUGGGAAAGUGUCCUACUUGAAAUUUUAGAGGAACAUGCACUGGCAGUUGGAGGGUUUUUAUACGUGCCCUGUGUGGAAACAAAGGGCCAAUGGGGUGGUUGAUUAUCAUGUUUGUACUGCAUAUCCCCAUAGGGACACUAGUAUCAGGAGUUGUUAGCUAGAGCUUGGCAUGAAAGAUGUAAAGUGCCAACAGUGUAAUAGGGACCAAGCAACCCAUCCAGGGUUCCUCUGUCCUGAAAAAAAUGGGUCUAGGUAUGGUUAGUGGUAUGAGACUGCUCCUGUUUGACAAGUGGGAGCAUGUCGCCAUUGGCCGGGCGGGGGCAGUGCAGCGUGAGGGUACUGUUCUCCUACAUAACCACAAGGGUGCAGCACACAUCGUGGUGUGAAUGGGUAACUGAAGUAGUGCUUUGUUUGCCCAGCUCUUUAAGGGCAUAUGGAAGGCUUUUUAGAUGCAGUGAGACAAGGAGCUAGCGACCCUAGCUGGAGAGGAGAAACUACAUUGUGGAGCAAAGGCUUAGCUAGCAGGAGAAAGAGGCCAGGAUCAGUAGAGAGUGGGUGGUGGUGAGUAAGGGACAGAUUUCUUAUAGUUAUUUAGUGAAGGCAGGUAGACAAACUAAAUUUGGCAGGUACAAGGGUUCAAGAGGUGUGUACUCAAUCUUUUCUUGCCUGAAAUGUGUGUUUAAUUUUAUGUUGUUCCUUAUUUAUCCUGUCCUAUGUGGUGUAUAUUUAAGAAAUACGGUUUUAAUAAAUAAAAUGUAAUAAAUGCACUUUGAUAAAAUAA